AUGUUGCUCCAAAUAAGCAUUAGGAAGGUUUAAUUGACAUAUAGCAAGGAGAUUAAGAAGAAAAAUGAAUUUACAAGUUAAGGGAGAAAGAAGAUGCAUAAAGAAAUGAUAUAUGAUGAAUAAAUCAGCGAUGAGUAUAACAGUGAAUAAGUAUAUAAUAAAAAGGAACAAACUUUAGAUAAACAAAUAAAAAGUAGUUUAGAAUAAAAUAGAAGAUAUUCUUGUAAAAAAUAAAAGGAAAAAUCAAUAGGUAAAUAAGCAGAUGCAUAAGUAAUAAAAAAUAUAAUCAAUAUAAUUUAAAAAAUAAAAAGUAUAAAUUUAAAGAUAUAGAUAGUUGACUGGAGAGAAAACUCACAGAGUAUAAUGGACUGUCACUUUCAAUAAAGUCAUUUAAUUACAGGGAUUAGAAUUAAUAAGGGUAUAAUCAAUUAUAGUCAAUAAUUUUAGAUUUUUAUAUUAUGAGGAAAGCAAAAUGUAAACAGUAAAAGAAUAACUGUCAUGUGACUCUAGUCCAGAGGGAAUUUAAAUUACAUCAACCUUAUAAAAUUUAAUGA